AUGGCAGGCGAAGAAAACUCUCCAGGAAGCUCCAUGCAUGGAGUCACAGGCAAAGAACAAACAUUUGCUUUUUCUGUGGCUUCUGAUCCAACAAUUCCCACUGAUUCAACAGCAAAAUUUGACUUACCAGUUGAUUCAGAGCACAAAUCCAAAGUUUUCAAAAUCUUCUCUUUUGCUAAUCCACACAUGCGAACUUUCCAUCUCUCUUGGAUUUCAUUUUUCACCUGUUUUGUCUCCACUUUUGCAGCUGCACCCCUUGUUCCGAUUAUCAGGGACAAUCUUAACUUGACGAAAACUGAUAUAGGAAAUGCUGGCAUCGCCUCAGUUUCCGGCAGCAUUUUCUCCAGGCUUGUUAUGGGCGCAGCCUGUGAUCUGUUAGGACCAAGAUAUGCUUGUGCAUUUCUUAUUAUGCUGUCGGCCCCGACAGUUUUUUGCAUGCCGUUUGUAUCGUCACCCGGAGGUUACAUCGUCGUACGGUUCAUGAUUGGAUUCUCUCUGGCAACAUUUGUCUCUUGCCAGUAUUGGAUGAGCACUAUGUUCAAUGGCAAGAUUAUAGGGCUUGUGAAUGGCACUGCAGCAGGGUGGGGAAACAUGGGCGGCGGAGCCACCCAACUUCUUAUGCCAGUCCUCUAUGAGUUGAUACGCCGGGCCGGAGCUACACCAUUCACGGCGUGGAGAAUUGCAUUUUUCAUCCCUGGAUGGCUACAUGUGGUUAUGGGGCUCUUGGUUUUAGGUCUGGGCCAAGAUCUUCCUGAUGGAAACCUCAGUACGUUACAGAAGAAAGGAGAUGUUCCAAAAGAUCAAUUUUCCAAGGUUCUUUGGUAUGCCAUAACAAACUACAGAACAUGGAUCUUUGUUCUUCUGUAUGGUAUGUCGUUGGGUGUAGAAUUGACGACAGACAAUGUCAUCGCAGAGUACUUUUUCGACAGGUUUAAUCUCAAGCUGCACACGGCCUGCACAAUUGCAGCAACAUUCGGCAUGGCAAACAUAGUAUCUCGACCCUUCGGGGGGCUCAUGUCGGACAUAGCCGCAAGAAGAUUUGGCAUGAGGGGCCGGCUAUGGAACCUGUGGAUUCUCCAGACUGCUGGCGGCAUCUUCUGCAUUUGCCUCGGCCGGACAAACACACUUCCACUGUCCAUAACGUCAAUGAUCCUGUUUUCAAUCGGCACCCAGGCUGCGUGUGGCGCAACCUUUGGCAUCAUCCCUUUCAUUUCCAGGCGAUCCCUUGGUGUAAUCUCCGGCCUGACAGGGGCUGGUGGGAAUUUCGGUUCAGGAUUAACACAGCUAUUGUUCUUUACAAGCUCGAAAUAUUCAACUGCGACAGGGUUAUCUUUAAUGGGGAUUAUGAUCGUGACAUGUACACUUCCUGUAACACUUGUGCAUUUCCCGCAAUGGGGAAGCAUGUUUUUGCCUCCUCCUAAGGAUGAAAGUAAAUUUAAUGAGGAAUUUUACUAUGGUUCAGAGUGGAACGAGGAGGAGAAGGAGAAGGGAUUGCAUCAAGGAAGCCUUAAGUUUGCGGAGAAUAGCCGAUCGGAGAGGGGCUGGCGGGUUGUUUCAGUGCCAACACCACCUAAUUCAACACCUCCGGGUGUGUAA